UUUUUUUUUUUUUUUUUUUAUUAUUCUUUCUUUCUCAUAUUGAUCUCUCUCUUCAUUCUUUCUUUAUUUAUAUAUAUAUACUCUUUUUUUUUUUUAGUUUAUUUACAGUCUUUAUAGUGAAAUAACAAGAGAACCUCGUCUUAAACUUAUAUUACUUACUCUCACGGAACAACAUCCAGAAGAUGCGUUUUGAUUCACUGUCAGAGGAACUUCAAUCGAUCACCAAAGAUUAUGACUAUGGUAUUGUUCCUGGAUCGGCAGCCGUGUUUGUCAAGGAUGAAGUUAUGGGUAUUGGUCGGUUAGAUUUGACUUUAUUGGAAGGAAUUAUGAUUGUAAUUGAAGUUUCUAAUGAAGGAUAUAAGAUUGCAUCAUCGUCACCAUUAUCUGAAGAUCCAGUAACUUUAGCGGCUGCAGAUCAAGUUCAAGCAUGUGUAGAUCAACAAAUCUUUGAAACCAUGGAAAAUCUCUUGAUGACUGCCUCACCAUUAUUUCGUGAACGGUUUCAGGCCACUUUAUAUGAUAAACUUGAAAAAGUUCAACAAUUACAACUGAUCGAACAACAACAACAACAACAACAACAAGUGGAAACUUCUUCUUCCCAUCAUACCAAUUUGACGACCACUUCAUCUUCGGCCUUCAACUCUAAUACCUCUGCGACGACGGAUCAACAAGACCUGAUGGAUGAAAUUAAUCAAUGGAUCCACUAGUUAGCUUCCUUUUUUUUUUUUUUUUUUUUACUUCACUAUAG